AACUUCGAAAGUAAAACAAUAACAUUGACUUUUCUACAAUUGUGAGCGGUAAAGUUCUAGUUUGAUUAGUAUAAAUUAUGGAAUCAUAAAUAUAAUCGAAGUCUAGCCAUAAAACAUUUUUUUUUAAAAUUAAAAUGGCACGGAAAUUAUUAAAACUCGGAGCUUUAGAGGCAAAGAAAACAGCGUUUUUUUUAUGCGACGUUCAAGAAACGUUCAGACCUCGAAUUAAACACUUCGGGGAAGUGGUAGUGGUCGCAAAUAAAAUGUUAGAUGCAGCAAAACACUUAAAGAUACCGGUUUAUGUAUCAGAACAACAUAUAAACAGUUUCGGUCACACUACCAAAGAUAUAAAUCUAGAUGGAACAUUUGUUUAUCACAAAACUGUUUUCUCCAUGUAUAGUCCAGAAAUCAAGAAGAGAUUGAAGGAGGAUGUACCUAACUUGGGGUCAGUGGUGCUGUUUGGUAUUGCGGCUCAUAUAUGUGUAGAACAAACAGUGAUGGACUUGCUUCAUGAAGAUAUCAAUGUUCACAUAUUAGCCGAUGGUGUAUCGUCGCAAUCACUGAUGGAUAGAGAUCUUGCUUUACAGCGAUUUCAAUCUAUGGGAUGUUUUGUGGCUACAUCAGAGAAUGUACUAUUUAAGUUAUUAGGGGACAUGAGUCAUCCUGCUUUUAAAGAAGUAACAGCGCUAAUUCAAAAUGAACCGACGCCUGAUAAAUUUGGUGCAACAAAAUAAUAUUAUAUAUACACAUAUUUGUUUAAUUUAUUUAGAAAAAAUUU